ACGUUCAAGCACGCAGCAGCGGAGGGGAAAAAAGAAAGAGAAAAAAACACAAACCAACGGCUGGAAAGUGUUCGCCGGGCCGGAGCGACGCAGCGAGGAGACCGAGGGUGGAGACGGAAGGUGGAGACGCCGAGUGGAGCAGCUAAUGUACGUUGGACGACUCGAACGCGCCUUGCAGUUAUAUAUAUAUAUAUAUAUAUACACACGACAGGAGGACCGUGUGUGUGUGUGUGCCUGUGCGCGCGUUCCCGAAAGAGUAACCCGUGGCUGCCCGGGAAGUGAGGAGCACGGCGACCCACCUGGAUCCGGUGCUGUAACCCGAGCCUGAUGCACACCGUCGAACCGGGUCGGUCCGGGCGUUUUCCCUCCCCCGUGUGAGUACAACAUCGAACGCACCGGAGCCGUUAACGGGAGCGCACCGGCCGCCGGAGCGAUGUUUGUUUGACAACCGCCGUGUGGUUUUGCUCCUUUGAGACGGGAGGACGUUACCGGGAAGCCGCGGGGGAAAGGCGGGGCCGGACCGGCGGACUCCCAGACUGGAUUACUGACACCCCCUCCUCCCUCCCUCCCUCCCCCUUUGCCGAAUCACCCACAGCGACGCAGCAUAUAUUUCUGGGGGGUGAGGGGGCCCCGGGGGGGUCGAAGGAGGAGGCAACAACUGGAAUUUUAGAAAAGCCUUUUUUUUUCUUUGGGAACUCUUUACCGAGCUCACUGCGAGCGGCGUUUUCUGUCAGUCGUUUUCGCCAAACGGUCAGUUGAUUUUUCUCACCCCCCCCCCCCUCCCUCCAGGAGCGCCUUCGGUUUUAGGACGCAUAUUUUGGGGAUAUUUCCCCCCCCAGCCGGGGUCGGACCAUGGCGGACGACGACAUCCUGUUUGAAGAUGUGUACGAGCUCUGCGAGGUCAUUGGAAAGGGUCCCUUCAGCGAGGUGAGGAGAUGCAUCAACAGAGAGACGGGCCAGCAGUUCGCGGUGAAGAUCGUGGACGUGGCCCAGUUCACCUCCAGUCCCGGACUCAGCACGGAGGAUCUGAAGAGGGAGGCCAGCAUCUGCCACAUGCUGAAGCACCCCCACAUUGUGGAGCUGCUGGAGACGUACAGCUCGGACGGGAUGCUCUACAUGGUUUUCGAGUACAUGGACGGAGCAGACCUGUGUUUUGAGAUCGUGAAGAGGGCGGACGCCGGCUUCGUCUACAGCGAAGCCGUGGCCAGUCACUACAUGAGACAGAUCCUCGAGGCGCUGCGCUAUUGCCACGACAACAACGUCAUCCACCGAGACGUCAAGCCUCACUGUGUGCUGCUGGCGUCCAAAGAGAACUCCGCUCCGGUGAAGUUGGGGGGCUUCGGAGUUGCCAUCCAGCUCGGCGAGUCGGGACUGGUGGCCGGAGGUCGGGUGGGAACUCCCCACUUCAUGGCCCCCGAGGUGGUGAAGAGGGAGCCGUACGGGAAACCCGUGGACGUGUGGGGCUGCGGCGUCAUCCUCUUCAUCCUCCUCUCGGGCUGUCUGCCUUUCUACGGCACCAAGGAGCGCCUGUUUGAAGCCAUCUGCAGGGGCAAAUACAAGAUGAAUCCUCGCCAGUGGGCCCAGAUAUCAGAGAGCGCCAAGGACCUGGUGAGGCGCAUGCUGAUGCUGGACCCCGCCGAGAGGAUCACCGUCUACGAGGCCCUGAACCACCCCUGGCUGAAGGAGAGGGACCGAUAUGCCUACAAAAUCCACCUGCCAGAGACUGUGGAACAGCUGAGAAAGUUCAACUCUAGGAGGAAGCUGAAGGGGGCUGUUCUGGCGGCAGUGUCCAGUCACAAGUUUAACUCCUUCUAUGGAGACCCCCCCGAGGAGCUGCACGACUUCUCCGAGGACCCGACCUCCUCAGGCCUGCUAGCAGCAGAACGCGCUGUCUCUCAGGUGUUGGACAGUUUAGAGGAGAUCCACGCGCUGACAGACUGCAGUGAGAAGGAUCUAGAUUUCCUUCACAGCGUUUUCCAGGACCAGCAUCUACACACACUGCUCGACCUCUACGAUAAGAUCAACACCAAGUCGUCCCCGCAGAUCAGGAACCCCCCCAGCGAUGCCGUGCAGAGGGCCAAAGAGAGCUCCUCCCAGGACGAAGCAAGUGGCGCUUUGAGACACCUGGAAUAUGUGCUGGAAGAGAUCUCCUGCUACCCAGAGAACCACGAAGCCAAGGAGCUCAGGCGGAUACUGACGCAGCCUCAUUUCAUGGCUCUGCUGCAGGCCCACGACGUCGUGGCCCACGAGGUGUACAGUGACGAUGCUCUGAGGGUGACCCCCCCACCCACCUCGCCCUACUUGAACGGGGAGUCCCCAGAGAGCACCAACGGGGACAUGGACCUGGAGAACGUCACCAGGGUCCGCCUGGUGCAGUUCCAGAAGAACACGGACGAGCCGAUGGGCAUCACGCUGAAGAUGAACGAGUUGAACCACUGCAUCGUUGCCAGGAUAAUGCACGGGGGAAUGAUCCACAGACAAGGAACGCUGCACAUAGGGGACGAGAUCCGCGAGAUCAACAGCAUCAGCGUGGCCAACCAGACAGUCGAGCAGCUGCAGAAGAUGCUGAGGGAGAUGCGAGGCAGCAUCACCUUCAAAAUAGUGCCAAGUUACCGGACGCAGGGCUCCUCGUGUGAGAAAGAGUCCCCCAACACCUCCAGGCAGUCCCCUGCCAAUGGCCACUCCAGCAUUAACAGUUCUAUCUUGGACCUGCCGUCCACCAUCCAGCCCAAAGGUCGACAGAUUGUAUCCAGACCUCCAAUCAAGGAGAAAAUGUCUGUUAAGAUCUACGUGAGGGCUCAGUUUGAAUACGACCCCUCCAAAGACGAGCUCAUCCCCUGCAAGGAGGCCGGCAUUCGCUUCCAGGUGGGCGACAUCAUCCAGAUCAUCUCCAAGGACGACCACAACUGGUGGCAGGGCAAGCUGGAGAACACCAAAAACGGCACGGCGGGCCUCAUCCCGUCGCCAGAGCUGCAGGAGUGGCGGGUGGCGUGCAUAGCCAUGGAGAAGACCAAGCAGGAGCAGCAGGCCAGCUGCACCUGGUUUGGCAAGAAGAAGAAGCAGUACAAAGACAAGUAUUUGGCAAAGCACAACGCAGUGUUCGACCAACUAGACCUCGUCACGUACGAAGAGGUCGUCAAGCUUCCUGCUUUCAAGAGGAAAACAUUAGUUUUGUUGGGGGCCCAUGGAGUCGGCAGAAGACACAUCAAGAACACACUCAUCACCAAACACCCCGACAGAUUUGCCUACCCCAUCCCACACACAACCAGACCUCCGAAGAAGGACGAGGAGGACGGGAAGAACUACUACUUUGUCUCCCACGACCAGAUGAUGCAGGACAUCAGCAACAACGACUACCUGGAGUACGGCAGCCACGAGGACGCCAUGUACGGGACGCGGCUGGAGACCAUCCGCAUGAUCCACCAGCACGGACACAUAGCUAUACUGGACGUGGAGCCUCAGGCCCUGAAGGUCCUGCGGACGGCAGAGUUCGCCCCGUACGUCGUCUUCAUCGCUGCACCAACGAUUGCGCCGGGCAUCAGCGAGGACGAGUCGCUCCAGCGGCUGCAGAAGGAGUCUGAGAUCCUGCAGAAGACCUACGCCCACUGCUUCGACCAGACCAUCAUCAACAACGAGAUCGACGAGACCAUCAGGCACCUGGAGGAGGCCAUCGAUCUGGUGUGCACCACCAGCCAGUGGGUUCCCGUGUCCUGGGUCUACUGACCGGCAGCGCCGCCAGAACCCCCCUCCCCCCUCCCAUCAUUCCCCCUUUUGAAGUAAGAAUAAAUAACUUUUAACAGAAAAAUACAACUGGAUGGAAGCCGCCGCCCCCCAGCAUUCCACAGGAAGUCCUCCUGGACGCACAGACCGCCUGCGUCCAAUCAUCGGACUCGACGUAGUCAUAGCGACGUAUAAAAACAGUUUAAACAAAAGUGAAUAUUGUCAUGUCUGUACUAGCUAGGAGGC